GGCUGGAGGCAGCGAGACCCCGCAGGCCGGGGAGCGGGGAGCUGGGCCCACCGCUGAGGAUGGCCAGGCCACAGGCGGCACCCUGGGUCCACGCAGGCUUCCUCCUCUGCCUCCUCGGCCUCGGUGGGGCCAUCGAGAUUCCUAUGGAUCCAAGCAUUCAGAAUGAGCUGUCCCAGCCCCCAACCAUCACCAAGCAGUCAGUGAAGGACCACAUCGUGGAUCCCCGUGACAACAUCUUGAUUGAGUGUGAAGCACAGGGGAACCCUGCUCCCAGCUUCCACUGGACUCGCAACAGCAGGUUCUUCAAUGUCGCCAAGGACCCCCGGGUGUCAAUGAGGAGGAGGUCUGGGACCCUGGUGAUUGACUUCCGCAGUGGCGGGCGGCCAGAGGAGUAUGAGGGGGAAUACCAAUGCUUUGCUCGCAACAAAUUUGGCACAGCCCUGUCCAAUAGGAUCCGCCUGCAGGUGUCCAAAUCUCCCCUGUGGCCCAAGGAAAAUCUAGACCCAGUGGUGGUUCAAGAAGGUGCUCCCUUGACGCUCCAGUGCAAUCCCCCACCCGGACUUCCGUCCCCAGUCAUCUUCUGGAUGAGCAGCUCCAUGGAGCCCAUCACUCAAGACAAGCGGGUCUCCCAGGGCCAUAAUGGGGACCUGUAUUUCUCUAACGUGAUGGUGCAGGACAUGCAGACCGACUACAGCUGCAACGCCCGCUUCCACUUUACCCACACCAUCCAGCAGAAGAACCCCUUCACCCUCAAAGUCCUCACCACCCGAGGAGUUGCAGAAAGAACCCCCAGCUUCAUGUAUCCCCAGGGCACUGCGAGCAGUCAGAUGGUGCUACGUGGCAUGGACCUACUGCUGGAGUGCAUCGCCUCUGGGGUCCCAACACCAGACAUCGCAUGGUACAAGAAAGGUGGGGACCUCCCAUCUGACAAGGCCAAGUUUGAGAACUUUAACAAGGCUCUGCGUAUCACCAACAUCUCCGAGGAAGACUCUGGGGAGUAUUUCUGCCUGGCCUCCAACAAGAUGGGCAGCAUCCGGCACACGAUCUCGGUGAGAGUAAAGGCUGCUCCCUACUGGCUGGAUGAACCCCAGAACCUUAUCCUGGCUCCUGGUGAGGACGGGAGACUGGUGUGUCGAGCCAAUGGGAACCCCAAGCCCACGGUCCAGUGGAUGGUGAAUGGGGAACCUUUGCAAUCGGCUCCACCCAACCCAAACCGCGAGGUGGCCGGGGACACCAUCAUCUUCCGGGACACCCAGAUCAGCAGCAGGGCCGUGUACCAGUGCAACACUUCCAAUGAGCAUGGCUACCUGCUGGCCAACGCCUUCGUCAGCGUGCUGGACGUGCCACCUCGGAUGCUGUCACCCCGGAACCAGCUCAUUCGAGUGAUCCUAUAUAACCGGACACGGCUGGACUGUCCCUUCUUUGGGUCCCCCAUCCCCACACUCCGAUGGUUUAAGAAUGGGCAAGGAAGCAACCUGGAUGGUGGCAACUACCAUGUCUAUGAGAAUGGCAGUCUGGAAAUCAAGAUGAUCCGCAAAGAAGAUCAAGGCAUUUACACCUGUGUCGCCACCAACAUCCUAGGCAAAGCUGAAAACCAGGUCCGCCUGGAGGUCAAAGACCCCACCAGGAUCUACCGGAUGCCUGAGGACCAGGUCACCAAAAGGGGCACCACAGUGCAGUUGGAGUGUCGGGUGAAGCACGACCCCUCCCUGAAACUCACGGUCUCCUGGCUGAAGGACGACGAACCACUUUACAUCGGGAGCAGGAUGAAGAAGGAAGAUGACUCCCUGACCAUCUUCGGUGUGGCUGAGCGGGACCAGGGCAGUUACACAUGUAUCGCUAGUACUGAGCUGGACCAGGACCUGGCCAAGGCCCACCUCACUGUGCUAGCUGAUCAGACCACUCCAACUAACCGUUUGGCUGCCCUGCCCAAAGGACGGCCAGACCGACCCCGGGACCUGGAGCUCACCGACCUGGCGGAGAGGAGUGUGCGGCUGACCUGGAUCCCGGGGGACGAUAACAACAGCCCCAUCACAGAUUAUGUCGUCCAGUUUGAAGAAGACCAGUUCCAGCCAGGGGUCUGGCAUGACCAUUCCAAGUUCCCAGGCAGUGUCAACUCCGCCGUCCUCCAGCUGUCCCCAUACGUCAACUACCAGUUCCGGGUCAUUGCCGUCAACGAGGUCGGCAGCAGCCACCCAAGCCUCCCCUCCGAGCGCUACAGAACCAGUGGGGCACCCCCGGAGUCCAAUCCCAGCGAUGUGAAGGGAGAGGGGACCAGAAAGAACAACAUGGAGAUCACAUGGACGCCCAUGAAUGCCACAUCCGCCUUUGGCCCCAACCUAAGAUACAUCGUCAAGUGGCGGCGGAGAGAGACUCGAGAGACCUGGAACAAUGUCACAGUGUGGGGCUCCCGCUAUGUCGUGGGGCAGACUCCUGUCUACGUGCCCUAUGAGAUCCGAGUCCAGGCUGAAAAUGACUUUGGGAAGGGCCCUGAACCAGACACUGUCAUCGGUUACUCCGGAGAAGAUUUACCCAGUGCCCCCAGGCGCUUUCGAGUCCGGCAGCCCAACCUGGAGAUAAUCAACCUGGAAUGGGACCAUCCGGAACACCCCAAUGGGAUCCUGAUUGGAUAUUCUCUCAGAUACGUGGCCUUUAAUGGAACCAAAGUAGGAAAGCAGAUAGUGGAGAACUUCUCUCCCAAUCAGACCAAGUUCACGGUGCAAAGAGCAGACCCCGUGUCGCGCUACCGCUUCACGCUGAGUGCCAGGACACAGGUGGGCUCUGGGGAAGCAGUCACGGAGGAGUCACCAGCACUCCCGAAUGAAGCUACUCCAACCGCAGCUCCUCCCACAUUGCCCCCAACGACAGUGGGUGCGACGGGCACUGUGAGCAGUACUGAUGUUACUGCCACUGCUGCCACCACCGAAGCCACAACAGUCCCCAUCAUCCCAACUGUCAUACCUUCCACCAUCGCCACCACUACUACAACCACGGCCGCCGCCACCACCACGGAGAGGCCUCCCACCUCCGGGACUAAGACUCACGAAUCCGCCCCCGACGAGCAGUCCAUAUGGAACGUCACAGUGCUCCCCAACAGUAAAUGGGCCAACAUCACCUGGAAGCACAAUUUCGGGCCCGGAACUGACUUUGUGGUUGAGUACAUUGACAGCAACCAUACGAAAAAAACUGUCCCUGUUAAGGCCCAGGCCCAGCCUAUACAGCUGACAGACCUCUAUCCCGGGAUGACAUACACGUUGCGAGUUUAUUCCCGGGACAACGAGGGCGUCAGCAGCACCAUCAUCACCUUUAUGACCAGUGCAGCUUACACCAACAACCAGGCCGACAUCGCCACCCAGGGCUGGUUCAUUGGGCUUAUGUGUGCCAUCGCACUCCUGGUGCUGAUCCUGCUCAUUGUCUGUUUCAUCAAGAGGAGUCGCGGUGGCAAGUACCCAGUGCGAGAAAAGAAAGACGUCCCCCUUGGCCCUGAAGACCCCAAAGAAGAGGAUGGUUCAUUUGACUACAGUGACGAAGACAACAAGCCCCUGCAGGGCAGCCAGACAUCGCUGGACGGCACCAUCAAGCAGCAGGAGAGUGACGACAGCCUGGUGGACUAUGGCGAGGGCGGCGAGGGCCAGUUCAACGAGGACGGCUCCUUCAUUGGCCAGUACACAGUCAAAAAGGACAAGGAGGAAACCGAGGGCAACGAAAGCUCAGAGGCCACGUCACCAGUCAACGCCAUCUACUCUCUGGCCUAACGGAACCCCCAGGCACAGCCACUGUUUUGCAAGUGGGAGGAGGGGAGAGGGGGAGAUGAAGCCACCACCACCUUCAGGGACAAGGGUACAACAUGGGGGUCUGCCAAGCCGUGAGGACCACCGACCACCUAGCCAACCACAAGUCCCUUCCCAAUGACCCCACACACGCCCGGGUGCCACCUGUGUGGGAGAGCUACAGCCGUGGCUGAGCGCAGCUGGAGGGAGCCCUGGCCCCUUGCUCAGCCUCACAGCCACCCUGAGCCUUCCACCCAACUGCCCGCCCUUCACCUCGGACACACUCACCGGUUUCUGUUGGUUCUGGUACUUUUCAUUGUCUUUACUUUCGCUUUGUGCAUCUUCUCCUCCAGA